CGACAAAGCAUCCUUGCCCCGACACAACAACAUCAGACCGCGACACAGCUCGCUCAUUCGUCGCCGACGCCAUUGCAGCACCACCGCAGCCUGUCUGCACUGCGUCCGUCUCCCGCACGUGCGUCGAGAUCCCAACCAAUUCCUCACUCCUCCCGCCGCCAUCCAUCAAAAUGGGUGACCGUGACCGCGACUACUCUCGCUCCCGCUCUCCUGAGCGACGCCGUGACUACGGCGACAGAUACGAUCGCGACAGAUCUCGCUCGCCAGACCAGCAGCGUGAGCGACGAGCCCAUACCCGCGACCGCUCACCGCGACGAGGCAACGGCCACUACGAAGAGAGCCGCUCCGCACGACCAACACGCUCCGCAGAGGAGCGACAGCAAGCAAAGGGCGAGAUCAUGAAGAGUGUGGCCGAAUCAUCGCAGCAGGACCGCCGCGUCUACGUCGGCAACCUGUCCUACGACGUGAAGUGGCACCACCUCAAGGACCACAUGCGUAAAGAUGGCACAUUGGAUGUCAUCUUCGCUGACGUGCUUCUGCUUCCUAACGGGAUGAGCAAGGGCUGCGGAAUCGUCGAGUACCAGACACGGGACCAAGCCAAGAUCGCCAUUGAGCAACUUAGCAACACACCUCUGAUGGGACGACUGGUUUACGUGCGCGAAGACCGCGAGACUGAGCCACGCUUCUCGGGACCACCACGCGGUGGCAUCGAUGGUGGCGGUUUCCAAGGCGGCGGACGCGGCGGCUUCCACUCUCGCGGUGGUUUCCAGGGCGGCAUGGGCGGUGGAUACGGUGGUGGAAUGCAGCAGCAAGGUGGCAGAAGCCAGAUCUUCGUCUCAAACCUCCCGUACCAGGUCGGCUGGCAAGAUCUCAAGGAUCUCUUCCGCCAAGCAGGCAACGUUAUCCGCGCUGAUGUUCACCUGGGUCAAGAUGGCAAUCCCAAGGGCUCUGGUGUGGUCGCAUUCGAGACGCCUGAUGACGCACAGAACGCAAUCAACACAUUCAACGGCUACGACUGGCAAGGCCGCCCGCUCGAAGUUCGUGAAGAUCGAUUUGCGGGAGCAGGACCAGGCUUUGGCGGUCGUGGAGGCUUUCGUGGGGGCUUUGGCGGUGGCUUUGGAGGCCGUGGCGGCGGAUUUGGUCGUGGUGGCUUUGGAGGCUUCGGUGGCGGUCGUGGCGGUUUCCAGGGUGGCUACAGCGGUGGUGGAUACCAGGGAGGCGGUGGCUAUGGUCAGCAAGGUGGUGCCUACGCUCAAGGCGGAGGCUACAACGCUCCUGCACCAGCCCAAGCUCCCGUGGCGCCCAACGCCUUCACCGACGGUGUCACUUCUGGAGGCGAGGCUAACCCAAUCAUCCACGUCAAGAACUUACCGUGGAGCACCAGCAACGAAGAUUUGGUUGAGCUCUUCCAAACCAUUGGAACCGUCGAGCGUGCUGAGAUCCAGUACGAGCCAAAUGGCCGCUCGCGAGGCAGCGGUGUCGUCCAAUUCUCCAACACCAGUGACGCCCAAACCUCCAUCGAGAAAUUCCAAGGCUACCAGUACGGCGGUCGCCCUCUCGGCCUCGAUUAUGCCAAGUAUCCAGAAGGCGGAGCCAUGGAGGGUCAGGAGUCUACUGGCGACCUGCAAGCUCAGAUGAUGUAAGGUCGCUGCUGACUGAUACCACAUCACGCGUACGACACCACACUACACGCACUGCAAAUGCUUUCGACUCCAGCUGUAGCUGGAACGGCCGGACGACGCCGGUACGGCAAUGAUUUGUAACAUACUGCAAUGCGUGCAUUAGACGACCGGCGAGUCGCAAAAGCUUUCAGCCUUGGGGCCAAUGUACUAUAGCUUCGGAUACUUCGACUCUUGGGGGAAGGGGGAACUAAGCAUGGGCAGAUGGACCGCCAACAGGCUUGAAUUCACACAAAAGGACCUGGACAGCACAGAGCUGCAGGUUUCAUCAUCGUGGAUCAGCUCGUAGAUAAUUCUCGCGCCAGGGUAGGCCCAAGAUGGGGUUGAUUAGGUAGCAGACUAUUGAAGACUGGUUGGUGAUGCAUCUGGAUUUCAUGUCCGGAGGGUCAUGGGGAGAGAGGGAGAGAGUAAAUGCUGCUGUGUCAUGUUGGUAGAGGUGAUGCUGGGCGAUCAUGACGACAGGAUGUUGUUGGUUUGUUAUGAAGUGUAUCAUGGUAAUUUUCUCUCUCUCUCUCGCAUGGAAGGGAUGGGAUUUGAGUACCUAAGAUGGAAGUUGACCGCUGAUGGUGAUGAUGAUGAUGAUGAUGAUGAUGGUACAGAAACUCCCCGACCCUCCCUCUCAAGUCUGCGAUACCUCGCAAAAUCACUUUUCAGGCAGAGAACCUAAAGAUAC